CACAGCAGCCGCACCUGGCCGGAAUGUUCGCACUCAUUCUCCGUGAUCUCCUCUAUUUUCACCGACACUUCCUGCUCCGUCCGCCUGCUCACCUGACAUGCAGGAGCUGAUGGCCUACCUCCAGGAUCCGGAGCUUGUGGCCUGGUUCCAGAGAAGAUGCGGGCUGUAUCGGGUCGAUGGGUCGAGUCCAGGCCCCGGCAGGAGCCAUCGACCUGCGAACGGAGCCCCGAUCACCGGGGAGAAACCACGUGGGCAGCUGGAGGGAAGCUGGGACCGGCAGGACAGCAACUCAAACUAUGAAUACCAGGACUGCAAAAAGCCUCGGUAUGAGGUAAGAAACAGGCUGCUCCACUUCCUCUUCCUGUUCUCAGCUGGCCUGGGUCAUGAAGUGUUUUACAUCACCUGCCUGCCCUGCAUACACUGGAAUCUGGACCCGUUCCUCUGCCGCCGCCUCGUCAACAUGUGGACCUUGGUGAUGUACGUUGGCCAGGUGAUGAAGGACCUGCUGAAGCUUCCUCGCCCGCCCUCACCGCCUGUGGUCAAGCUUGAGACGCGCGUGGACGCGGAGUACGGACUGCCAUCCACCCACGCGAUGGCUGCCACUGCCAUCUCCUUCACACUUUUACUGAGUGCUCCCUCCAGAGUACAGUUUUGCUUCCAGACAGGCCUGCUGAUUGCUGCGACGCUCUCGUCUCUGGUGUCUCUGAGUCGGCUCUACACUGGCAUGCACUCAGUUCUGGAUGUGGUGUGUGGCAUUUUGAUCACUGCCAUCCUGAUUCUGCUCACCUACCCUUUCUGGGAAUCCUUCGACAGCUUCCAGCUGACCAGCCCUCUGUCCCCCAUCAUUGCUCUGUCACUGCUGCUCUUCCUAAGCUACACAUACCCAGAGCUGGACCAUUACACCACCACACGAGGAGACACCACCACAAUUCUCGGCGUGUGCGCUGGCUGCUCAGUGGGAUACUGGGCCAAUGUGCAGCUGGGCGACACUUUUGAGCACCGGGGGCCGUUACCUGUACCUCUACCCACAGUAACAGCGCUGUCUGUGGCGAGAGGGGCUGGACGCAGCCUGGUGGGAGUCGUUGCCCUGGUGGGAACUCGGCAGAUAGUGAAAAAGCUGAGUUUGGACGCGUUGUAUUCUUGGUACAAUGUUCCGAAAACGGACAAAAAUGCCAGGAGGAGGAAGGAGAUAGAAGUACCAUCCAAGUUUGUCACAUACACAGCUGUGGGACUGGUUAACUCCAUACUGGUCAACAGAGUCUUUGCUCUGAUUGGGCUUCUAUGACCAUCUGGCAUCCAGUAAGACUGAUCUGUAAUUAUCUCAACAAUGAACUUCAUAUUUAUCUCACCGUACGUUAUUGAGCUUUUAUAAACUGAAAAAGUAGUGAAUGUGUGACUCCUAAGUGGAAAUGAUUCAUACAAGACUGUAUAUAAGACUUGUGACUGAUCCAGAGCUUAGCUGUAAAUUAAAAAAAAAAGUUUGUUCACACAGGAAUAAAGCUUUCAUGGUUCCGAAUUUGAUUGUUUGAAUCAAAGGUUAGAGAAUGCAGUUAUUUGUUUCAAACUGAACUGUAGCAACUUCACUUUACUUUAUAGCCUUGAACUUUCGCACAUUUUGCCAGACAACCACAAACUUCAUUGUGUUUAAUUAGGUGAAGAACAGGUAUGUUGAAAUUAAACAAGAACUAUGCAGGUAAAACCUGUUGACAGGACAACGUUGCCAGUCCAUCACAGGGGAACAGAAAAAACGUGUGUAUACAUAUCAACACCUAAGAACAAUUUAUAAGGACCAACUAACCAAACAGUUAUGUUUUUAAGGAUAUCAAUUUAAAGAAAAAGUUAGAUUAAAUCAUUUGUAUCCUUGUUGGGAGGCCUCCUUUUUAUAGAUUCUCUAUCAGAUUGAAAUGGGGACUCAAGCUUGGCCACCAUCACAUCAACACUUCCAAUAAAAAGAAACUUAUCGGAAAAACUUGAGACUAAGCGAUAUGAAUCAUUCAGGGUUAACUGUAUGCACUUUGUGUUGGGCUAUCACACAAAAGCCCCCCCAAAACACUAAAGUUUGUGUUUGAAAUGUGAAAAAGUUCAAUGGGUAUGAAUACUGUAGUCUGCUUUUCUCCAACACUCAAAGACUCUCCAUCUGCUGGUUGGUUCAGACCAUCUGUUGCUUCAUCGCAUGGUCGGUGUUAAGCUUUGCUGCAGUCGAGUUAGAAGGAAUGCCGGCACACCUGUCAGACUUCAUUUUCAAGAUGGACUGCCUUCUGCGCAGGUUACUUUAACGCUUCACUGACUGCAACGGUUUCCCUUUGAGAAGCCAAUAAGACAUCAACAGAUUCAGUGAAAAAAU